UUUGUAUCGAUCUGAAAACUUACAGCGACAACUUCGGAUAAUCAGGUUUUGCUAACCUUUGACCUAGCGACUAGGGUCAUAUGUAGGUCACCUUCCAUGUGUGCCCGAGAUCAUGCCAUGUUGCGCAACUAAAUGUUUUCUUACAGUAUACACGAGGAACACACGUGUACGCUUAAGCUGUGAUUUCCCCAACAGAGAAGCUGCCUCUAAAUCAACGUAAGAAGGAGACGACAACGCUCUGCUGCUGUAUAUUAAAAGGAACUCAACACUGAGAACAAGAGCUAAGUGUGAUCUCCAGAACCCUGUGAACAGUAACAACCACCAUGUUCCCAACCAGUCUUGUUGGAGCGGCCAUCUUGUUCUCCAUUCUUAGUCAUGACCUUGCAGUGGCCAAGGUCGUGGUGACCUCCGACAUCCCCUGCAGGCCGUUUCACGAGAUCUACCCCUCGGGAAAGGAGCUUUGUGAGAAGAUGUGGGACGGGUCGUUUGUGUAUGAGACCAACCGCUCGAGAGCGUACACGAUGUGGUUCUUCGACAAGGACAAUCCAAACGAUGAAGUGACUCAGAACCUUGGACUAAGCCCACCCGCACUCUGCCACCUCAGAUAUCUGCACAAGGACACCCCUGGCCCAGAACCUGACACAUUUGCAGAGUGUCACCCCUGGAAGAAGAGGUCCUGUUGUACUGAGGUCACAGUAAACAGCGUGCAGAAACUGAAGGAGAGUUACGGACCAGAGUGGCACUGGGACAGGUGCGGCCCGCUCUCACCUGCCUGCGAACGCUUCUUCAUACAGGAGGCGUGCUUCUACGAGUGUGAGCCCAAUGCAGGUUUAUUCCGUAAGUACCCAGACAGUGAUUAUAACGCCUCCGACCCGAGUCACAACCAGUGGCAGAUGUCAGGCAUGCCCAUCUGGUCCGACUACUGUGACGCGUGGCACCGCGCCUGUCGUAACGACCAAUUCUGCGCUCACGAUGACGGGAACUUCUUCUCCUGUGCUGCGAUUUACGAGGAGGUGCAGACAAUGGACGGAGGGACUGUUGUGGGGAUCGUGUUCGGCUGUUUGGUCAUUGUGGCUCUCAUAGGGUUUCUUGGUUUCCUGGUUUUUAGAGAAAGAACUGGGCAGCCUGUCUUUAAACCACUAGAACAGCAGGCAUCCUAAUAUUUACUCACAAAUUUGAUUUUUUUUGCUAUUAGUUUAAAAAGCUGAGCUAGAAAAUGAACUAAAUCAAGGAAAACAGUGUGCUUUGGUACACACAGUUUCUGUCAGGUCAAUGUAAAAAAAGUUUCAGGGAGUUAGUAUAGGUAGGUUUAAGUUUUCCUUUCAGUGUUGUUGUUUUUGUCUUGAUUUCUUUUCAAGAUAUGUCUGGUAAACAUGCAAAUAAAUUGGUGUGGCGAAAUAUAGUUAGCUAGGUGAUGGGAAUAUUAGCACAGAGGAAUGUGUGCUAAAUGUUACAUAGAAGCCUUUUUAAAUAACUCAUUUUAUGUCAUACCUGUGACGCGAAAACGUUCGAUACGGUUGUUCCGAACCGGGCCAUAACUCCCGUAUCACACAGGUUCGAAAGUCGUAUCACAUGGGCUCCAUUUGAAUAAAUCGAACUGUUUCGAACGGGCCGAGUGCAGCGCCAUCGAAAGUUCGAAUACCUGAUUUGGCGAUCUGACCCGCGGUCGGGCUGGUACCUCGGGUAAUACGGAAUACACCGUGUUGUAUUCUAUUAUGUUGAUCAAAAGAAAAAUCUCAGUUUUAUGCGCUGAUGUUGUCAUGUAUCAACCCGCACCUUCAUCAAACUAUAUUUGCUUACAAAGUUACAUAUGUAUUUUUUGUUACAAGUGAGAUGUAUAUUUUGAACAUACAAAAGUUUGUGUAUUCCUUGACCUUAGGAAAAUGAGUUGACAUAUAUAUCCUUGUUUCAAGGAAGCUAUAUUUUUGUGUUUAACUUGAACAUGCAGGCUUUCUUAAAGUUCGGUGGUAUUUAUUUGUUACUUAACUUGGUGUUUUGUUAUUUUAUUGGUUGUACAUGUAUAAACAAUCUUGUGCUAUGAUGUGCAAUCAGGGCUAUGAUAUGAUUUUGAUGUACGAUGUUGUAUCAAAUACAAAUGUUGAACAAUCUAGUUUUGCUGUAGAAUUUUAUACUCGUAUAAAUGUCAAUGCAGACAUCUUUUGACAUACAAUGAUAACAUUUCUAUAUUUUUUUUUCAAUGUAAUUGUAAUGGCAAUGGCAUUAUGUUUUAUCUUUAAGCCAAGGGUUAAAAAUGCUUGAUAUGGUAAUGGUGUAUAAUCAUUC